GAAAAUUUCGGUGCCUUCUAUUUGCCCUCCCGAUAUCUCCCGGGUCAUUAGUGACCUUCUCAAAGGUAAAUGGGCGACGAGACCAUCCAACGAACAGCUAUCGCUCGCAGGCAACGCCCCCAUCAAGGAUAACUGGGAUCCCGGUUCAGGUUACGAUCACGAUGCCAACUUAUUAAGACUACGAGAUUAUCCAAAGAGUGAAGGUGAAGUGUUAGAUACAUGGAAAGCGAGGGCACUUCUCUGGGAGGACUUGAACCGAGACAAGGGGGAAGAACGUUCUUCUGUGUCUCGAAUAGAACCUAUUCCCCCGCAAAGCCUAUAG